CUCGAAAUCCUUUGCCCACCCAACCUUGACCAAUAUCCUUCAACGACGAAGAAAUUAAACAUACAAGAAUUAAAAACCUCUUAAACGAAGUUCUCGCGAAAACAACCCACACUCAACUACAACAAAUAACUCUUUUAUCACCGAAAAUCGCAAUGAUGGCUUCUAGAGUCCUCUUCGGCGGGGCUCGAAGCGCCUUCGUUGCCUCCUCCUCCCGCGGCUUCCACGCCACCGCGCGAACGAUGGCCGACGCGACAGCAACGCCUUUGCCAAUCCGCAAGCCCGUUGGCGCUUUCCGCGGCGGACUCUUCGGCUUCCUUCUCGGUUCGACGCUCGCCGGUGCUGGUGUCUACAGCUACGUCUUACGAGAGUAUAAGGCCUCGAACGAGCUAUUAACGGAGGACAUCUAUGCUUUACAGGCGGCUUGCCAACGACUGAACAACUAUGUUCAGCAGCUAGAACAGAGAAUGGACGCUACGGAAAGAAAAAACAAAUAAAGCAAAGUGGACUGGACUGGAUGGAUAUGGGAUACCUAAGUACCUAGGUAUGAAGUGUGUGGGGGGGGAAGGGGGUGGUGCGGACCGACCAUGAGGAAAAUGUAGGAAUAGGGAAGGAAGAAAAUAAGGGGGUUGCCCACAGACAGACAUCUUGUCGGCAGCAAGGAGAAAAAUCACAUAAUUGGUGCGAUAAAAAGUCGAUUAUUCAUGAUGGGAGUUAGUUUUGCUAGCCGGGAGUUGAAAGCACUGCAUUGCUCAUAAGUCUUUUACCAACAUUGAAUGCAUAGGGGGGGUGGGUGCAUAUAAAAAAAAACGAGACUUUACGAAAAAUUCCCCCUGCUUACGUUUUCUCUUACAUACCUACUAUACCACUCGAUCUUCUUUCUAAUCAGAAAUUGUACAUUAGGUAGUAUACACAAAACCAAGAAUCACCACCUUUUUUUUUGUUCACAAAAAGAAUAAUCAGCUUAUACCUACCCCCUUUUCGUGGAAGUUUGCUUGUAACCUAAGCUCAGCUCAGUCAAAAGUCAUUGGGUAUAUCUACCUUAACUAGGUGCUUAGACAUACUUGGGUAGGUUAAGGGACACGGAACCCACCCGCAUGUCAUGUCAUGUCAUGUCAUGUUCAUGAUCCGUCC